UGAUGUUGUGUGAAUGAAUGAAGAAACAAAGGAGAGAGUCGUCAGUAUCUUCUUCUUAUAAGACAAAACUGUCAAAGUCAUCCUAUUGGAAUGCCUCCUUUCAAGUACCUGCACAUCCACUGGGUAUAAAGCCUUUAGGUAACUUGUGGACUACAAGUAGCUAUUCCGUUGACUCAAUAGGAAGAGAAAAGAGCCUUGGCUUCUUUUCUAUACUUAGCGAUGAAUGGCUAUUGGACUUGCUUUAUUAUUUAGAUGGCUGUUCAGCUGCUAUGCUAAGCUGCUGUAGUAAAUAUCUCUAUGCCUUUUGUUCCUAUAACGAACUUUGGAGAGAACGGACUUUACGAGAUUUCACCCACUACAACUUCGAAAGCAGUUGGAAAAAUACGUAUAAAAAAGCUGUUGUGCGUGAGAAAGAGCAAUAUGUUGAUGAUCACUCUUGUUGUCCUCUCAUUCGCUGUGACAAAGUAUAUUCAGACGUAUUGUAUCGUACUUGGUGCACCGUCUAUUUUCAUUUUCCUAGUUAUGCCAGUUGGUGGAAAAGAGAUAAUAUACCGAGGUUGCAUACCAAAGAUUUGGAUGUGGAUACAUUUAUACAGCAAUUUGAAAAGCAAAAUAUGCCACUCGUUAUUCAAGGUGUUGUAACGCAGUGGCCAGCGUAUCACAAAUGGAAUCGCAGUUAUUUCAUACAACAUUGUAAUGACUUUGCAUGGACGGUGGGACCUACUCAAAUGACUAUGCAAGAAUAUAUCCAUUACAUGGAAACCAAUGUGGAUAUCAAUCCUCUCUAUCUUUUUGAAAAACGCUUUCAACAAUUGCCUCUAGCAUUGGACUAUCAAGUACCCAAGUAUUUCAAAAACAGAGAUUGGUUUUCUCUAGUAGAGAAAUAUUAUAACAAGAGACCUGACCAUUCUUGGCUUAUCUAUGGUCCACCACGUUCCGGUUCUCGAUUUCAUAUCGACCCCAAUCAAACUUGUGCUUGGAAUGCAGUUAUCAAAGGAAGUAAGAAAUGGGUUCUUUUUCCACCUCCUUCUCAGGCACCAUCACCUCCAGGAGUAUUUCCCAAUGAAGAUUAUUCAGAGGUUACCUCUCCAGCAUCAUUAAUAGAAUGGUUUACCAACUUUUAUGAAGAAGCCAAAAAGAGAAAGGAUAUCAUAGAAUGUGUGGUAAAAUCGGGAGAAUUGCUCUUUAUUCCACGUGGUUGGUGGCAUAUCGUAUUGAAUUUAGAAGAGUCUAUUGCUAUUACCGAAAAUUAUGUUUCUGAAUCCAAUAUUUCUCAUGUUUUGGAAUUCUUACAAUCAAAACCUCAUCAAAUUUCUGGAUGGGAUGAUGACCAGGAUUUACAAAGUUUACUUAUCGAUGUCAUUCAAAGAGAACGUCUCAAUCUUCCCACUCAAGACAAAAGAAAAUUAUCAACUGGAGAGAAGUAGGAAUACAACGCAGUUUCGUUUCAA